UUUAGUGAUGCCUCGCUCGUCCUCGUUUCCCCCCAUGAAGUCCCACACAGCUGCAUUGCUUCUUUCACAUCCUUCUGGGCUAUGGAGAAAACCUGGUCAGGAAUGAGAACCUCUGGUCACAGUGAGCUUGUAGGAGGUGGAAAGAAGUUCCACCACUCAUCUAGAGGCCUACUACUUUCCUACCCUCAUUGCCAAUCUCUUCUGUCAGGUUUUCAUCAGUGCAGCAAGAUAACCGUAAGGGCUCUGGGCUGUGAAUUGAGGGAAGAGGAGGUGGAGAGAAUAAUUUCUGAAUGCAGUGAAGAAGGGUCAGGGAAGCUAACCUUUAAGUUGUUUCUGCAGGUGAUGACUCAGAAAAUGGCGGAGCCAUGUUUGGAAGAGGAGAUCCCGGAAGCUUUCGAGGUGUUUGAUUGUGAUGGCACUGGCAAGAUCUCCUUUGAGAAUCUCAGGGUGAUGGCUAGUGAGGUUGGGGAAGACAUCACGGAUGAGGAGCUGCAGGAGAUGAUUGAUGAAGCAAAUGUGGAUGGAGAUGGGGACGUGGACGAACAGGAGUUCCUACGGAUUCUGACGCUGACUGACCCAUAACUACCGGAUUUUCUUUUUUUCUCCCACUCCCAUAUAAACAACUAGUUCCAAUGUCA